UUUCAAUUCAGGACUGUCAGGAAGGGCGAGGUGAGGAGCUCGUGCUUUACGUUUACUGGUAGAAUUAUUACAUAAAGCCUUCGCUAUUUGCUGCAUUCCUGUACACUGAAUCCAAUAUCUGCGAGUGUGCAAGAAAUCCCCGACAACCCACCUCUACUGGAUAAACUCGGACUCUCCACCCCCGCUGAUCCACCUCAACGGCUGACUCAGCAAACUGGAGUUUCUUCCUGUCAUAUGCCUCCUCCAUGGAAUCCUCCCAGGGCAUUGUUAGCUCCACCAGGAGAGAAAGGCAUGCUGAGACAGACCACAGGACAAUGUCGGGUCAAAGGAUAGUUGUAGCAGUCUUGGGUCUCGCCAGCCAAUCUUACACUGUUCCACAUGCUCGCAUCUCCUCCAUUCUCCCUGCUUAGCCUGGGGCACCACCUUGACGCAACUUCUCCUCUCCUACUUUUGCUCUUCAGUAACUGCCAACUUCCUCCUUUCCGCUGGAACUGGAUGGCGGGUGGUGCUGAGAUGGCUAAAGGGGUUAGGCAUUGAACUCUGAAUCACAUGAAGAUUGGAACCCCGCAACUAGACAGAACAUAGGCAUCCAAACAAAAAGGAGCAGUCUGAAUCUCUAGAUGAUUUGACACAUCCGUUCCAUUUUUUGCCAGAAAUACAUUACACAGAAGCCCUUCCACAAUGGGUCUUAGGAUUCAUUUUGCUGUUGACCCAACAGGCUGGUGUUGCAUCACCUGGGUGUUCUUCAUUUGGAUCUAUAACACUCUCUUCAUUCCCAGACUCAUCCUCUUUCCUCACUAUGCUGAAGGUCACAUUUCAUCUGUUAUGAUAAUAGGUUACUACUUGGCAUCGUUGUGCUGUGUCACCGCUCUGGUAAGAGCCUCCAUUACAGAUCCAGGGAGGCUACAGCAAAAUCCAAACAUCCCCCACUCUGAAAGAGAUUCAUGGCAGUUGUGCAAUAAAUGCAACAUGAUGAGACCAAAGAGGUCCCACCACUGCAGUCGCUGUGGACACUGUGUGCGGAGGAUGGAUCAUCACUGUCCGUGGAUUAAUAACUGUGUUGGGGAGGACAACCACUGGCUCUUCCUGCAGCUGUGCUUUUACACCCAGAUCUUGAGUUUUUUUACAUUGGUGCUGGAUUUCUGCCAGUACUAUUACUUCCAGCCUUUAACACCAGUUAACGAGGAGCUGUUUGUAUUCAAACAUGAAUUGGCCUUCCUGAGAAUAUCCACAUGUAUGGGUUUGCUGAUGUUUGGAGCCAUGAGUGGUCUCUUCUAUACACAGCUAACGGGCAUACUCACAGACACAACCACAAUUGAAAAAAUGUCUCACUCCUGUGAUGAAAUAUCGAAACCCAGAAAACCUUGGCAGCAGACCUUUGCUGAGGUUUUUGGCACCCGCUGGAAGAUCCUGUGGUUUGUUCCUUUCAGAAAGAGGCAGCCGCUGCGAGUCCCCUACCAUUUUACCAAUAGCGUGUAGACAGAUGGAAGAAGAUCGGCCCCCAGAAGGGAAACCUUGGACUGAAAGUAAUUUUAAAGGUUUUAAAAGACAACUGUGUCAGCCUAACGUCUUCCAAAAUAAUAAUACAAGACCUGCUUAUAUUUUAAGUUUUUAUGCUGUUUUAUUUCUUCUAACUUCCCUAUUCACGAGGAUGUUUUUUUGGGGGGAAAUGGUUAAUUUUUCUUCCAUUCUUUUCAUGAUAUUUUCUUUUGAAUUAGGCCCUUUUAUUUCUGUACCCAUUAGGGAUGCAACGGUUAUCAUUUUCCCAAACCAAAACCGACAUUUGCAUAAAAUUCCAAGCCGAAUGAUACCGACAAAAGAUAAAACUGAACCGAAAACAUAACCAAUUUUUUUUUUUUACAACCGAAAAGUGUAGGCAGUCUCAGCACUAAGCCAGUGGCAUUUUUGAGAGCUCAUUGCGCACUUUGCUGCAUGCAGAUGGUGCAUAGUAAUCACUUAAUAAUGUUGUAACAUAAAUCAAAAGUUAUGACAAGACUUUGAUUGCCCUCAGUAGGGAUAACUGAUAACAGAUGUCAAGGGCCAUCUUUUUGGUUUCUUGGUGAAAGCUGCUGGUAUUAGCAGGCAUGCUCAAAUACUCUACCCUAAACUAAACCUAAAAAAAAAAAAAAAGGCAUACUGAGCAGUGAAAAUUCCAAGGUUUUGAGUUGUUGAUUCUCACGUCUACAUGUCGUGUAGAUGUAAUAAAACAUGUAAUAAUGAUUAAACAGCCAAGUGCAAAAGUAUUGAAAGAAAAUGUAACAUUAGUUGAGGUCCUGAAACACUGUGAAAGUGGAGUAAGCAGUAAACUGGGCAAAGCUGCAAAUCAAAUAAUAAAUAUCAGUUUUUUGUUUUAUCAAGGUAACUUCAUUUACUGUGCAUGUAUUGAAAUAAGAUUUGUUUCUCCGAUUACUUUGUUGCUGCAUUCUAUCGGCACUUUGAAUGAAUUCAAGUAAGUGUUUUACCCGUAGAGUCAUAUGUAUCAUACUAAUGGGCUAUAAUAAACCAGAGUACUAAAUGAGAACUUUGCCUAUGCUUUUUGGGCGGCUGGCGGCAGUCCUGAGGUCUAGCUUUAGUUUUCUGCUGACGUAAAUCUGGGUGACAUUAGAAGUGUUUCCUCAUCAGAAACUAUUUUAAAAUACAUACAUCUCAGUCACUUUGAAGCCAACAUGUUGAUUUUAAAUUUGAAAAAAUGACUCCGCUGCAGUUCUGCACAUACGUGAGUCACAUGCGAUUUGCCACUUAAAACCAACCGUGGCGACAUUGGGGGUACCAGGAAAAUAAUAAAUAAAAAAAACAUUCUCUCAUACAGUAUUUUAUUCAUUGUGUCUAGUUGAUAUAGUACAUUGACUCAUGGGUCCAUGCAAUAGCACUGUACUGAGUUUAUUUAACACAGUUUAGAAAAACAGCAUGUGUGUAGUAAUGUAUGCCCUGUUCCUUUGGCUCUACAAGUGCAGUUUGGUUUUAAAUUUCCAUUUCUGUUUUACUGAAAAAACCAUUGGACGUCAAACAGCUGAAAGAGUUGAUAAAAAAAACAACAAACCGUAACUGAAUUGCAUCCCUAGUACAACAGCAAUAACAAUUGGUUGAUUUCUUAUCCUGUGGGAACAAAUGCAGCAAUAUGCCUUCAGCAUACACUUGUGUUUCUGUAAGGUAAACAACAGAAUAUUGUGCUAUAAAAGAGCUGCGUUUAAACGUGUAUGUUUCAACCAAGUGUACAACUAAAUGACAAGCUGUUAAUUAAACGUGUAAACUAUCAGACACCUAAUUCAGUUAUUAGGUAUUACUUAUAUUUGAAUUGCUUUAUUUAGUCGACAGAUUUUGCAAUUAGUGUGUACUUUUAAGUUUACUGCAGGUUGUAUGCACGUUUACAAAAGGAAUGUUAAUGUCACAGGCGUGAUGCAUAUGUCGCCUCGUGAGUGUUAUUGCGUAAUGUCCUUUUUUUAACCACUGUCCUGGUGAUGGACUAAUCCAUAUUCAAUAGGUCUCUGGCCUGGCUCUCUGAGGUGGCCAUGGUCCGGACGCGUUGCCAUUUAAUCCUAUAUUCCUGCAUUUUCCCUUUUUAUAUUGGUUUUGUUAAUAGGAGCUUAGGACUGAAUCUAUGUUUGUGUGGGUGCUGUAAGUUUCCUGGGCAACCCUUAUUUGUUCUAUCUUUGGCACAGCGGUCCCCAGCAGCACCAUGUGACACUGUGUUACAGCCGGGCAAGCUACUCUAUUUGGACAGCCUUUUUGUCUACAUUUACACAAUUGAGAUUGACAGUUCUCUAGUUUAGCCGUGACCUUUGGCAAGCUUCUAGGAGACAACAGUCCCAGCCAAAUAUAGCACGUACCAUGCUGAUUUUUCUUGUGUUGCCAAGUCUAUUUCAAAAUGGUUUAUACUGUACCUAUUAAAGAACACAUAUUUAAAAUAUAAAUCCUUACACAUACAAGUUUUUUUUUUUUUAAACUGGUCCUGGUUUAAAAAAAUAAAUAAAAAUAAAUAAUAAUAAAAAGAUUAAGUUUUAACUGCCACUUAUGUCAGAUUUCCUUUCAAUUUAUCAGACGUGUAGAAAAUAACAGUUGACUGACUUGGGAAUCAAGGUUGUUCGUGGUAUAUGGGACUGCCGAUUUCUACGCCAACAUUACUGUAAAUUUGCUACAAUUAUUUGCCAAUUCCUUGAAAAGGAAGCAAUGGAAUCACCAAUAAUGUAUGUAAUAAAAUUUGAAUCAACGGAAGUCAGACAGAAAUAUUCUCGUAGAAAGGGACAACAAUUAACCCUUUCAACACUGAAGGCGUAAUCUUAUGAAUAUCCCUAUUUUUUAAGAUGUUUCAGUAAAAUUCCUUAGUGCUGAUAGAGUAUUGACAAGAAGACAUUGCUGAAAUAGGAAGUAAAGUGGAAAACAGGAAGUUGUUCAGAAGAGGCUAGCUUCUUCAGCUCAAUGUUUGUUUUAAUUCACAAAGUGCAGCUCUUAAAAUAAUGUUUACUUUUUAUGUUGUGUUUUGUUCACUGGGACACUGUGAUGUAGGUAAUGACUAAAACACACUCCUCAGUUGCUUAUUACCACUAAAGCAGUUCUUCAGUACAUUUUUUUUCAGAGUAAAAAAAAUAAAUAAAACACUAAAGGAC